AUUAUAUAAAAGCCUUGGCAGCAGUACUCUUACUGCAUUGGAAUCAUGGCGAGCCAACAAGCAGCAGUGGUCAUCCUUCUAGCCAAAAUAGUAUUCGGCGGCGUGGUGAGUGAGAUUAAACGACAAGAGACAACGUUGGAGUGCGGGGACACUCUCACCGUAGACUUCACCUACGGAUGGCCGACAGUCCAUUGUUCUUCCCCGUGUCCUGAUGUAAAGACGAUUACCGCCGGGCCUGUGUUCAGGAGAGAGGCUCUUCUGGACGAGUAUCGCUUGAUGGUGAGGCAGGAAUACGGAGAGAACGGGACUGUAAAUUGCUCUCUCGUCGAAGUCAUCUCAGACUCAGAUCAACUGCAGUCCUCCAUCCAGGCUGAGGUUUGUUCUUCAGUGAUCCCUUCCACCACCACCAUCACCACCACCACUACCACCAUCGGUCCAGGAGCUUCAACUAUAACUGGCUCAACCAGCACCGGUCCAGGUUCAACGGUGAAUGGCUCAACUACCACCGGUCCAGGAGGUUCAACUGUGACUGGCUCAACCACCACCGGUCCAGGUUCAACGGUGUAUGGCUCAACCACCACCGGCCCAGAAGGUUCAACGAUGACUGAUUCAACCACCACCGGUCCAGGAGGUUCAACUUUGACUGGCUCAACCACCACCGGUCCAGGAGGUUCAACUGUUAUUGGCUCAACCACCAACGGUCCAGGAGGUUCAACUGUGACUGCCUCAACCACCAUCGGUCCAGGAGGUUCAACUGUGACAGGCUCAACCACCACUGGCCCAGAAGGUUCAACGAUGACUGAUUCAACCACCACCGAUACAGGAGGUUCAACUGUGACUGGCUCAACCACCACCGGUACAGAAGGUUCAACUGUGACUGGCUCAACGACCACCGGUCCAGGAGGUUCAACUGUGACAGGCUCAACCACCACCGGUACAGAAGGUUCAACUGUGACUGGCUCAACGACCACCGGUCCAGGAGGUUCAACUGUGACAGGCUCAACCACCACCGGUACAGGAGGUUCAACUGUGACAAGCUCAACCACCACCGGUCCAGGAGGUUCAACUGUGACUGACUCAACCACCACCGGUCCAGGAGGUUCAACAAUGACAGGCUCAACCACCACUGGUCCAGGAGGUUCAACUGUGACUGAUUUAACCACCACCGGUCCAGAAGGUUCAAUUGUGACUGGCUCAACGACUACCGGUCCAGGAGGUUCAACUGUGACAGGCUCAACCACCACCAGUACAGGAGGUUCAACUGUGACUGGCUCAAUCACCACCGGUCCAGGAGGUUCAACUGUGACUGACUCAACCACCACCGGUCCAGGAGGUUCAACAAUGACAGGCUCAACCACCACUGGUCCAGGAGGUUCAACUGUGACUGAUUUAACCACCACCGGUCCAGGAGGUUCAACUGUGACAGGCUCAACCACCAUCGGUCCAGAAGGUUCAACUGUGACUGGCUCAACCACCACUGGUACAGGAGGUUCAACUGUGACUGGCUCAACCACCACCGGUACAGGAGGUUCAAUUGUGACUGGCUCAACCAUCACCGGUCCAGAAGGUUCAACUGUGACUGGUUCAACCACCACUGGUCCAGGAGGUUCAACUGUGACUGGCUCAACCACAACCGGUCCAGGAGGUUCAACUGUAACUGGCUCAACCACUACCGGUCCAGGAGGUUCAACUGUGACAGGUUCAACCACCACCGGUACAGAAGGUUCAACUGUGACUGGCUCAACGACCACCGGUCCAGGAGAUUCAACUGUGACUGGCUCAACCACAACCGGUCCAGGAGGUUCAACUGUGACUGGCUCAACCACUACCGGUCCAGGAGGUUCAACUGUGACAGGUUCAACCACCACCGGUACAGGAGGUUCAACUGUGACUGGCUCAACCACCACCGGUACAGGAGGUUCAACUGUGACAGGCUCAACCACCACCGGUCCAGGAGGUUCAACUGUGAUUAGCUCAAUCACCACCGGUCCAACUGGAGUUCCUACAGAGGAGAGCGCUUCCUACAGCAGCAUCACCGUUGAACCCACAUCAACACUUACAGUAGAAUCAACGACUCUAAUUGAAUGUGCAACCAGUGCGGCCCGUACAACUGCUGAGCAUUUAUGUGAACCUGGAUGGGAGCUUUAUGAGUCAUCCUGUUUCAAAUUCAACAAUGGUGAAAAGUUUGCCUGGGGGGAAGGCCUCACCUACUGCAACACGUUCGAUGCAGACUACGCCAAGAUCACCUCUCGAGCACAGGCCAGCUUCCUUAGAGCUCUCGCGACUGACGAUACGUGGAUUGGUCUGAAUGACAACAACUUCGAGGGAAUCUUUGUAUGGACGGAUAGAUCGCAACCCACAUUUACUGAGUGGAGUCAGGGAGAACCAAACAGCGACGGUGACUGCACGGAGAUGAAUAUGUCAAAUGACUUUUCGUGGAAUGACGCCAGUUGCACGCUCAUGAAAAGUGUGCUGUGCGAAAAACCGGCAAUGGAGAUGACUGUGUAGCACCAACCUGAGACCCUACACGUCCACGCCCGUCACCAGCCUUAGCCAUUGGCGUUUGACAUCACAGAAGAAAGCUAACGUAUAUAACACAGUCUUCCCAACACCAUUUAGUGUAAAACAUCAGCAAGACUGUCAAACGAAGAUUUCAUUUAUAUAUCAUUAUUUCAAUGCAUUUUAAUUCCCUGAAUAAAAUCAUCAAUCUGA